CUUCACGGCAGCCCGAAGCUGCCCAGCACUGCCCGAAAAAGCGCACCGAACACCGCCGGUUUCGGGGGGUGGACACCCGUUCCACUGCGGAUGGCGCUGUUCCUGGGCUUCGACAGUUCCACACAGAGCUUAAAGGCCACGGCCAUUCGCGCAGAGGACCUUCAGGUCUUCAAGAGAUAUGUCAUCAACUUCGAUCAGGACUUGCCGUGGUGUGGCACAAAACUCGUUUUGUUGAGGCCGUUGAAUUGUCAUCGGAAGCUCACUUUCAUUGUGGUUCAACCAAGUUUUUGAUUACGGGGACUUCUUCAUCCAGUAAAUUGCUGAAAAUGCAUUGUUUUUAUCAUUACAGUACUUCCUGCAUCAUGAACAUCUGAUCAACGCGCACAAGAAGAAUGAGUGGUUUAACAUGUUCAACAUGUCGCCCUUGACGGGUCAUCCUUCUUCAGUACGCGAUUUGUAUGUCCCGGCCUCUUCACGAUCUGAGGCACUUUAAAACCUCUGGCGGCAUGUCUGCUUCGAGCACCAGCAGCCGCAAAACUUCGCCUGUCCUGAUGUGGGUCGAGGCCUUGGACAUGAUCUUGACACAGAUGAAAGCGGACCAGUUUCCCUUCCACGAGGUGCUGGCCAUUUCAGGGAGUGGGCAGCAACAUGGGUCGGUCUACUGGGCGGCGAAUGCUGGACGUUUGCUGGGAGAACUGGACCCGGCGAAGGCGUUGGCGCCGCAGUUGGCCACGGCCUUUGCGCGCUCUGAGUCCCCCAUUUGGGCCGACUCCUCCACAGGCGCGCAAUGCCUGCGCGUGGAGAAGGCCGUGGGCCGCGAGCGCCUGGCGAAGGCGACGGGAGCCCGUGCCUAUGAGCGUUUCACUGGGAUGCAGAUCGCCAAGAUCAUUGAGGAAGAGCCCUCUGUCUAUGAGGCCUGCGAGCGGAUCUCCUUGGUCUCCUCGGCGAUGUGCUCCAUUCUGCUGGGCGCGUACGCGCCGGUUGACACCUCGGACGGCUCGGGGACGAACCUCAACCGGCUGCAGGAGCUCGGUGGCCUCACCUGGUUCGCAGAGGCCCUGGACGCUGUGGCGCGUGACGCGGGCGACCGUGUCGGGGGCCACCGCGCAGGUCUGCAGCGACGAUUGGGCCCCGGACUUUGUGUGGGACAUCAAGCGCUCGGCGCUGUGUCCCCCUACUUUGCCAGCCGCUAUGGCUUCGCAACGUCCUGCCUGGUGGUGGCAUGGAGUGGGGACAAUCCCUGCUCCCUGGCGGGCUUGGGACUCCAAGUGCCUGGAGAUGUGGCCAUCUCCUUGGGCACUUCGGACACCAUGUUUGCGGUGAUGUCGAAGGCUUCGCCUGGGGAGGAUGGCAUGGUGUUGCGGAACCCGGUGGAUCCAUCCUCUUACAUGGGAAUGCUGGUCUUCAAGAACGGCUCGCUGAGCCGGGAGCAGGUCCGAAAGGAGCAUUGCGACGGACAGUGGGAUCGAUGGGAACAAAUGUUAGCUGAGACAGCACCGGGCAACGGCGGUGCUAUUGGUUUCUACUUUCAUAGCCCAGAGAUCACCCCGACCACCGGCGAGCAGUUCGGCAUUUUCCGCUUCGAUGGAAAUGACCAGGAAGUGGACAGCUUUCCGAGCUCCACUGAAGUACGGGCAGUGGUUGAGAGCAAGUUCCUGGCCAUGAGGGGCUUCGCACAAGGGAUUGGAAUGGAGGAGGUGAAGCGGAUCAUCGCCACUGGCGGGGCCUCCUCCAACAAAGGCAUCCUCCAAGUGCUUUCGGAUGUCUUCGAUGUGCCUGUCUUCACUCUGGAGCAGUCGGACUCUGCCUCGCUGGGCGCUGCGCUGCGCGCGGCGCAUGGCUUUCGCUGCGCACAGAAAGGUGGAUUUGUAGCCUUUGCAGAUGUGGUGGCUGGCAAGAUUGACUACAAGUUGGCGGCCGAACCAGCUCCCGGUGCCAAGGAGGCCUAUGCCCAGGCUUUAUCACGGUACUUGCGCCUCCAGAAGCAGCUCUUGGAGCGAUUGCAAAACGUGGCGAAGAAGCCGCGGGCUUUGCCGGGAAACCACAUGGGAAUCGAUGCGCCCCGCGCGUUGCGGCAGCUGCGCGCCGAGGAGCUUCGUCAGCUCUGUCGAGAACAGGGCUUGGAUCAUCGAGGUCUCAAGGGCGAUCUCAUCUCCCGCCUGGCCGGCUUCCGCGCGGAGGCCGUGGGCGAUGCGACGUCGCCCAAGCAGAGUCCGUCUCCCAAAGGCGGAGGCGGCCGCGCUUCCGGGCGAGGCCGUGGACGUGGACGUGGUUCCAGGUCGAAGGCCAGCGAGGUAUCGAUGGUGAGUGUGAAGCACUCGCCGAUGGCCUUCCCUCGAACAGGGGAACUGCUGAAGAGGCCAGCGCUCGCAGGAACCUCCGGGGUGAGCCUUUGGGCCGCUUCCCGACAGCAGCUCCUGCGCUGCGGGCGAUGUCAGGCCCUCUAUGAUUUGGGCCAUGCCCGGUACAGCAAUGGUCCUGAGUCCUUCUGGUGUCCGCUCUGCCGGUUCAAGGUCAUGGACCCCUUCAACCCCUUGGCCACCACGGAAGGAGUCCUGAAGCACCUUCAAGUGAUGGAGCCCCACUUCGACUUCACGUUGGAGCUGCCGCACUUGCGGCAGUGGCGCCGCGAGGGGAAGGCGGUGGAAGUCCGCAUGCUGCGCGUGGACAGUCCCAAAGUGGAGCAGGUCUGGCCUCGUGCCAUCCACUUCUUCGCCAACGGAGCCGAGGUCUUCGCCGUCCAUCCGCCCGAGGAGGGCCACAAGCGGCGCGACGUACCGGAGGACAUCUCCGGUGGCUUGAAGGCUGGCCAGAACCAGAUCAAGGUCCGAAUGGUGGAUGAUGACUGCGUGGGCUUCGUCAUGGUCCUGCUUCUGACGUGUCAGCAGAGCCAAGAAGCUUUGGCCCAACAGGUGAGCGCCUGCGAGGAGCCCUUGGCUCGCCGGCGGGUGCAAGACCUACUGGCGAAGCAAGCGCGAAAUACCCUUUUGGGCGAUGCAGAUGGCGAGGAGCUGGUUUGCCUCAGCACAGACACCUUGAAGUUGCAGUGUCCCAUCACCAUGGAGCGCGUUCAGGACCCUGUUCGAGGGGAGCGCUGUCAACAUACGCAGUGCUUCAGCUUGGAAGCCUAUCUCCGAAGCAACCGCCAGAUGGGUGCCUUCAACCGACGAUGGCUUUGCCCUUUAUGUACGUUGAUUCUUCGCCCUCCGGACCUCCAGCGCGAUCGCUACGUGGCACAGAUCCUCGCCGCCACGCCCGAGAGCGUGGACGAGGUGAUCAUUGCGAGCGACGGCACCUGGAGGCCCAAGGAUGGCGAGCCACUGAAGACGGCGCAGUCUUCGGCAGCUGAGAGAGGGCCCUGGGGAGGCGAGCUCAAGAACGAUGGAUGCGGCGCUCAGCAUGCAGAGGAGCUCUUGGACUUGGACUCCGAGCCGCCGGCCACUCCGAAGCCGAAGCUCAGAGAUGCGCCGACGCCGCCCGCGUCGGCAGCGCCCGGGACGAGGAGGAAGGAUGACGGCACUCCCGCCACGUCCGCGUCGGACUCGCCUCCCCUGCGCCGAAUCAUCCUGCGGGGCGGUGGUUCCGACAAGGUGGCUGAAGUGGCCAGUCGCACGCCCACGAAGCGGCGGAUGAUCCGGCUCUCGGUGAAUGGUUCCGCGCCGGCCAUUCCAUCCUCUGAAGAGGCACCAGCAUCAGGCUAUGGCCUGGCUGUGGCGGUCUCGAUGGUGGGAGGCGGUGAGCAACAGCGCUUGGCACGCUUGGAACUGGAGGAUGAUGAUGCUUCCCCUGGUACCAAGAAGGCGGCGCCCUCGCGGGCCCCGGGUCGACUGACGCCCGUGUCGCCUGGGAGGAAGCGCCGUAAAAUUGGGGAGCUGCCUGCGCCACAGGCCAAUCCAGUAGCGCCUUUCACGGCGCUUGUGGGAGGGGAGCUCAUCGACCUGGAUGAAUGA